GACUGAGCAAUGACGCUGUUGUGGGUGCUGCUCUUGGGGCUGCUGAUCAGCUGUGACGCUGGGGAAAGUGCAACUGGCUGUGGCAAGUAUAACCAAAAUGGUCUGGAGAGUAAAAUUGGCUUGAUUCCGGGAGGCGCUCGACCUGGUGAGUUCCCUUGGAUGAUGGCAGUUCUGGAUCGAAGGGAUGGACUGACCCGGUAUAUUGGUGGCGGCUCCCUGAUCGCGGCGAAUGUGGUCCUCACUGCCGCACACAUAUUGAACGGCAUUGGCGAGGACGACUUGUUGGUAAGGGCCGGCGAAUGGAAUGUGUCCACCACGGAGGAGAUAUACGGGCACGUAGACCUUGGUGUGAAAAAGGUGAUCUCGCAUUUAAAGUUUAACAACUACAGCGGGCAGUAUGACAUAGCUCUGCUCAUCCUGAAAGCUCACUUCCCAGUGCAGGCAAACAUCCGGACAGUGUGUCUGCCCUCCCAAAACACCAGCUUCGUGGGCAGACACUGCCUCUUCAACGGCUGGGGCCCGAUGGAGGCGGACUCGAAGGAUUACCCCAACGUUCUCAAGAAGAUAGAUGUGAACAUGAUAGACAAGACAGCAUGCCAACGAAAAUUUGGAAGAAAUGUCUCACCUUAUUUAAUAUGCGCAGAAAGCCUUAACCGCAGGGCAAGCUGCAAGGGCGACGGAGGCUCUCCACUUGUGUGUCCCUUGCCCAAUGACCCCUCACGCUUUGAGCAAGCCGGAAUUGUCACCUAUGGCAUCGGCUGUGGCACCUUUAGAACCCCGGGCGUCUACACCGAUGUAUCCCGGAUGAGCGACUGGAUCAACUAUCACCUGCACAGGUGGAACAUUCAACUGGGGCAGCGAAAAUUGUAAACGUGAUUAAAAGAUUAUAGAUAUAAAGGCAUUUUUGGAGAAGCAAUUGAGCACUUUAAGUCUUUUACGACACGAUAGACUUCUUGCAAAUAAUAUCUGCAAAUCUUGCUGUAAAAUGGGAAACUAUUUUAAGGGUAUUUUGAGAUUGUGAAAGCUGUUCAAAAUACUCGGGUAGAUCAACAAAUCUAUAAUGAAAACGAUCUUUUCUUUUACAUAAACAAAAUGUACACGUUGUAGCUCUUUAAAAGGCAUAAAGUCUUCAUCAAAGCAUAACUUCUGAACUCAGCUGUCAUGUAAGUCCAGCAGAGGAAGGCCGAAUAAAGGUAUUUACCUUCUGGCUAUUUUAGCGAA